UUGAUAAAGAGAUUCCAGCAGAUAUUUUUAAUUUUAAGGAAUAUUCUUGUCAAGGGUUGAUUGGAAUCUCAUCCCUUUACUGUUCCCCUGUGAGAGUCUCCACACUCCCACCAUCUCUCAAGACUUGUGUCAAAUGGCUUCUCAAGAUCACCAUAUGCAUGACCAUGACCAUCAUCAUCAUCAUGACCAUAGCCAUGAGGAUGCAAAGACAACAACAUGGGUAGGAGCAGAUGGGAAGGUAUACCAUAGCCAUGAUGGGCUGGCUCCUCACUCCCAUGAACCAAUAUACUCUCCUGGCUACUUUACCAGAAGAGCACCUCCACUUAUUAACAGGAACUUCAAUGAAAGAGCUUUUACUAUUGGAAUUGGUGGCCCUGUUGGUACUGGGAAAACAGCUUUAAUGCUAGCAUUAUGUAAACUCCUCAGGGACAAAUACAGUCUUGCAGCAGUAACAAAUGAUAUAUUCACUAAAGAAGAUGGAGAGUUCUUAAUAAAACAUGGCGCGCUGCCGGAGGAAAGGAUACGAGCAGUGGAAACAGGAGGAUGUCCGCAUGCUGCUAUUAGGGAAGAUAUAAGCAUCAACCUUGGACCUCUUGAGGAGCUUUCUAACUUGUACAAAGCAGAUAUACUACUUUGUGAAUCUGGUGGAGACAACCUAGCUGCCAACUUCAGUAGGGAACUUGCUGAUUACAUAAUCUACAUAAUAGAUGUAUCAGCUGGUGAUAAAAUUCCUCGAAAAGGAGGUCCUGGAAUUACCCAAGCAGAUCUCCUUGUGAUAAAUAAAACCGAUUUGGCAGCAGCUGUGGGAGCAGAUCUGUCUAUCAUGGAGCGGGAUGCACUUCGGAUGCGGGACGGUGGUCCUUUUGUUUUUGCUCAGGUGAAGCAUGGGGUUGGCGUAGACGACAUAGUGAACCACAUUUUACAAGCUUGGGAAGUUGCAACAGGCAAUAAGAAGCACUGAAAUGUCAGCGAAAACUUGUACUUGAACAAUGUUGUAUCUUUUGGCUUCUCCAAUGCCCAUCUGAUGUUCAAUUAUCUGUGUCUGGACUAAUGUUAUAUUCUAAAUAAUGUGCUUUUACAUAGUUUAUGUACCAAAAGUAUGUAACUUACAAUUUUCCCAUAUUUAUCUUGGUUCGUUUGGUCAUU